GCCUGCCAGGCAUCUGGCUGCUAUACGUUUAUUUCUGGAGGCGCUGCUUUUUGCUCAGUCACCCCCCAACAGGUGGAUAAGUCGAGUGUGCGAGAACAUCAACAACAGAAUAGACCCCGGGGGAAAAUGGAUGCGUCGCUAAACCAGGUGUAAUCCAUCGAGGAAACUUCGCUGUUGCUUAUUUUCUUCUCCAGGAUUUGUUGCGCGGUAAGCUGAAUGCGGCGUGCGCCGGUCUUCGUUUUUCCCCCAAAUAAGAUCGCCUGGAAGUCGUGAUCACAACGAACAGAAUCUGGACGUACAGUGGGAGUACUGUCAAGUCUCCAAACAUGAGGGGGGAGAAUGCAGACUAGACUAAAAGACCAAGAGAAAGACGGACUGGCAUCACAAGGCAGCAACACAUUAACGAGCAGGGUCUUCCUGCAGAUCCACACUGCAGUUUUCACAUCUGGGGGACGCUAAAUGCUAAAUUCAAGAAGUUGAGGAAAAUGAUUUAAAGCUUUGCGCAUCUGUGAUUAGUCCUGAUGUGGUCUUGGGAUAUUCUGCAAAGGGGAAACACUGAGCGAAGUUCCAAUGCCCAACAUCCCACAGUGUGAGGUCUCUCAGCCUGGCAGCAGCUGCAGUGGUGUUAGCAGGGUGCUGGUAAGCUGAAGCCCAGGGAGAUGUCACAACUAUACUAUCGACGGACUGACAGCUCCUCUUACCGGGACCGCAUCCCGCUGAGAAUUGUGCGGGCCGAGUCGGAGCUGUCACCUUUAGAGAAAGCCUACCUCGGAGCUGUGGAGAAGGGCGACUAUGCUAGUGUCAAACAGGCUCUGGAGGAAGCGGAGAUCUACUUCAAGAUCAACAUCAACUGCAUCGACCCUCUCGGCCGCACGGCCCUGCUGAUUGCCAUCGAGAACGAGAACCUGGAAAUCAUUGAACUCUUGUUGAGCUUCAACGUCUACGUCGGCGAUGCCCUUCUACACGCGAUCCGCAAGGAAGUGGUGGGAGCUGUGGAGCUGCUGCUAAAUCAUAAGAAGCCUAGUGGCGGCAUGCAGGUUCCUCCUAUCUUAUUGGACAAGCAGUUCUCUGACUUCACCCCUGACAUCACUCCCGUCAUUCUAGCUGCACACACCAACAACUAUGAAAUUAUCAAGCUUCUGGUGCAGAAAGGUGUGUCUGUGCCGCAGCCGCACGAGGUGCGCUGUAACUGUGUGGAGUGUGUGUCUAGUUCAGAUGUGGACAGCCUGCGUCACUCGCGCUCACGCCUCAACAUCUACAAAGCGCUGGCAAGUCCCUCAUUAAUUGCGCUCUCCAGCGAGGAUCCUUUCCUCACUGCAUUCAGGCUCAGCUGGGAGCUGCAGGAGCUCAGCAAGGUGGAGAAUGAGUUCAAAUCAGAGUAUGAGGAGCUGUCUCAGCAGUGUAAACAGUUUGCCAAGGAUCUCCUGGACCAGACAAGAAGCUCCAGAGAGCUGGAGAUGAUCCUCAACUACAGAGACGACAUCAACUUACUGGAUGAGGAAGGCAACAACGACCUGGCAAGACUCAAACUAGCCAUCAAAUACCACCAAAAAGAGUUUGUAGCUCAGCCAAACUGCCAGCAGCUUUUGGCAUCCCGCUGGUAUGAUGAGUUCCCCGGCUGGAGACGGCGCCAUUGGGCAGGGAAGUUCUUCACCUGCGUCUUCAUCGGCCUCCUCUACCCCAUGUUUGCUCUCUGCUACCUCAUUGCUCCUAAGAGUCGCUAUGGUCUCUUCAUUCGCAAGCCCUUCAUCAAAUUCAUCUGCCAUACAGCGUCCUAUCUGACUUUUCUGUUCCUGCUGCUCCUUGCCUCCCAGCACAUUGUAACCACGGAACAGGACAGGCAGGGCCCUGCACCAACCACUGUGGAGUGGAUGAUCCUGCCUUGGGUAUUGGGAUUCAUCUGGGCAGAGAUCAAACAAAUGUGGGAUGGUGGUUUCCAAGACUACGUCCAUGACUGGUGGAACCUGAUGGACUUUGUCAUGAACUCUCUAUACCUGGCCACCAUCUCCCUCAAGAUUGUAGCCUACACCAAGUACAGCGGUAGUAAACCCAGGAACCAGUGGGAGAUGUGGCACCCAACACUAGUAGCUGAGGCAGUGUUUGCCAUUGCAAACAUUUUUAGUUCCCUGCGCCUCAUCUCACUGUUCACAGCCAACUCUCAUCUAGGGCCACUGCAGAUCUCUCUGGGGAGAAUGCUUCUGGACAUCCUGAAGUUCCUUUUCAUCUACUGUCUGGUCCUGCUGGCCUUCGCUAACGGGCUGAACCAACUGUACUUUUAUUAUGAGACCAAGGCUGAGAAGGGAAAAUGCAAAGGCAUCCGCUGUGUGGAGCAGAAUAACGCUUUCUCCACGUUAUUUGAGACGCUGCAGUCGCUCUUCUGGUCAAUCUUUGGUCUGAUCAGUCUGUAUGUGACCAACGUGGAUGCAGACCAUCAGUUCACUGAGUUCGUCGGCGCCACGAUGUUCGGCACCUAUAACAUCAUCUCACUGGUGGUGCUCCUCAACAUGCUCAUAGCCAUGAUGAACAACUCCUACCAGCACAUUGCUGAUCAUGCAGACAUCGAGUGGAAGUUUGCCAGGACAAAGCUGUGGAUGAGUUACUUUGAAGAAGGGGCCACUCUCCCAGCCCCUUUCAACAUCAUCCCAAGCCCCAAAUCAUUCUUGUAUCUCAUGUGCUGGGUCAAGAGGCAAAUGUGCAAGAGGACAAGCUCCAAGCGGCCCGAGACUAUUGGAACUCUUGGACGGCGAGCAGCAGAGAAUCUGAGGAUAAACCAUCAAUAUCAGGAGGUACUGAGAAACUUAGUGAAGCGUUAUGUGGCCGCCAUGAUCAGAGAUGCCAAGACAGAGGAAGGCCUGACUGAAGAGAACUUCAAGGAGCUGAAACAAGAUAUCUCUAGUUUUCGUUACGAGGUGAUGGGCAUGAUGAAGACAGGGAAGCCUGCUCUACAGGGUACAAAGGCCAGUGGCAGUUCAGUGGACUCCAGUCUUGCUUACUCCAAGUCCUCCCUCGAGGUUUCUCCCUGCCCCCAGAGCAGCCAGAUGAAAAGCAAACUCAACCGAUUCAAAAUCAUCACAUCCAUCCUCAAGCAGGGCAAUUCCACAGCUUCACCCAGGCCUCCUGAAGCCUCCAACGGACUGCCUAAUGGACUCUUGUCCCCAGUCUCUGAUGAGAGCUCCACCGAAAAGUCAUGCCAGAGGAGAAAUUUCCCCAAAGAUAUCACCGACUUUGGCUUGUUCCAGAAACGCCACUGGGGUGGAAAUGAAGAUUCAUCAGGUGCAGGCGAGACUUCCAGAAAAAUGUACUCUUUGUCAGAGGAAGCAGGAGAGUCUGGAGACUCAGACGCAGAGGGGCAGGACAAAGAGCACAGUGCAAAGGGUAAGGACAAGGAAGGACUAGAUACAGAAAAGGAGGAAGAUGCUACUGUAAAUGAGGCCCCAAAUGAAAAUAACAAGAUUAUUUUGAACACCAACAACUGCUCAGACGAAGGUGAAAACAAAGAAACAGAGGAAAUGGAAAAGGAUAAAAUAUCCUGCAGUGACUCAGUAGCUGAUGGUUGCUUGUCAGGGGCAUCCAGAGAUGAAGCUUAAGAUGUGACUAUACGUUAAUAUGACCACCGGCCAAGUAAUGCUGGACUGAAGACACAGAAACUGACAAUCAAUGUGAGCUUCAAGUGAGGGGGUUUGUUUCGUAGAGUCUAACUUUUCCAGUUAAUACUAAACUGAUGAUCAAAUUUGAUCUUUGGAGACUCAGGGAGGCCUUUGGUUUAAGUGUUUUAAGUGCUGUUAUAUUAGCAGUGGAGAUGCAGCACAGGUACGUAGAGCUCUGUGUGAGGGUCCAAGAAUUUAGAUUUUAGGAUAAAGAUCAUCUCUUCUUAUCUCAUCCCUACAGAUUAUUGGAACGUAAUUAUUUUUCUGAAACUAAACAUUCUCUCUUCUUAACCUCCUCUCUCCCCCUGUCCCUUAUCUGACACAUGCCUUUCUUUUGAGAUCACUCAUCACUCACCCUUUUCUCUUCUUCAUCAGACUCUCUACCUCUUUUCCUUCCUGUUUAUCUCUACACCGCUUAAUGCUCACCAUCUUAAUCUCACUAGAGCAAUAGAUAUAUUCUGUUUUAGAGCUGACUUUCUGCCUUACUCUGUCUGUUUCUGCACUUUACACACUUUCUGAAACUGUAUCUUAAAGAUGUGUCAAGCUCUGAUCGUGCAACAACAAUUGUGUCACUGUUGUUCUAUGCAAAAACCUGGGAUUGUGAUUCACUAAUCAUUCUUAAACGGAUAAUGGUACAGUUCAUGGUGACAUUUUAUUGUUAUGUAUGAUAGAGCGUGGCAGACUGUCAAUCAAAGUAUACAACCAUUCAAAGCCACAUAUUAUUCAUGUUUUAUCACUCCUGCAGAAAAUAAACUAGUUAUUUUGGACAAAUUUGCUGUUUUUAACUGAUAACUUCAGAUGUCUUGUUAGUUUGAAUGAUGUUAUAGAAAUUAAAAAUUAGAUUCAAAAUAAACCAAAACUCUUUAUUUGGAUUUUUUGAUUUAGUUCAG